AUGUCAGUAAUCUUGGUGCACGCUUUCCAGUGGGUGCACGCUCGCUGGCGGCUGCUCAUCGAGGACCUGGAGGCGCGGAUCGCCCUGAUGCCGCUGCUGCAGGCGGAGUCGGACCGCAGAACUCUCCGCCUGCUGCGGCAGAACCUGGAUGAAGAGGCCAAAAUCAUGAAGGACGUUCCUGGCUGGAAGGUCGGCGAGUCCCUGUUCCACACCGACCGCUGGGUCCCCCCGACGGUGGACGAGCUCUACUACCUGCGCCCCACCAGCGAGAUGGACAACGAGAAGUUCGGGCUGCAGUACUAUGUCUGACGCACCGGCACAGCACUGCCUGGCCUGCCAGCUUCCCCUGGCGCUGCGGGGCUGGGGGGGGGAGUGGUGUGGGGGUGGCUGUUGUCAGGUGCCGCCUGUUCCAGCAUCUGUUAUUAAAAGCACU